AAUUAAAAUAGUUUUAAGUAAAAUAAAAUCAAAGUAAAUGGAAUAAAACAAAAUUAAAUUAAAUAAAAUAAAAUAAUAAUUUUAAGUAAAAUAAAAUAAAAUACAAUAAAAUUAAAUAAAAUAAUACAAAAUAAAAUAAAAUAAAAUAAAAUAAAACUAAGUUAAACUAAAUAAAAUAAAGUAAAGUAAAUUAAAAUAAUUUUAAAUAUAAAAUGAAAUAAAAACCUUUUUCUGCGCAUAAUGUAGGAUUUAUACCGGAGAUCUUCAUAGCCAAGUCGAUGGAUAAGACCCUCAGAAACAGUAAGCUCCCUCGCAAGGGCCCUCAUUGAUUUUAAAGGGUCUUUAUCAAUGAUCUCUUGCACUUGUUGAAUUCUGUAGAUCGGGGAGUGUCAGUACGUUUCUCGUAUUUUUGGGUUUGUCAACAGAUUCUGCAUCGCUGAUGCUUCCAAACGCGCUUAAGAAAAUUGGAGAUUUCUAAAUCGACGUGAUUCGCACAUAUAACGACGGAACUGCAUAUUUUUUUUAAUUUCUUGAGUUAAAUUGUAGUCCUCCAUUUCCUAUCUGAAAAAGAGCAAAGAGAAAAAUAAUGAUUUCGAGAAGUUAUAGCCAUCAAUUACAGUAUGCACCCUGUACAAUUCAAUAAAAAAAAAAUUAAUAAAACCCCUGAAUUAAAGUCGAGAGAGUACAGGCAUUUUUUAAUUACACUUAUUUUCAAAAACUUUAUUCCAUAAAUAACACAAUGAAUAAUAUAAUGAAAUACAAAUACAAACAAUGAAAUACAAUGCAACAAGAAAAAUUGAAAUAAUUCAACACAAAAAUUAAGAAAAAUAAUAAAAUAAAAUAAAACAAGUUGAAUAAGAAACAAUUUUAACUCCGUCCAUUUCCUUUCAUUACUUAAAUGGUAAAAUAUAUAUUGUAAAAUUUUAUAAAAUAAAAAAAAUAAAAAAAUUUAUUUAAGCAACAUUAAAAAACUAUAAAAGCAAUUAAAAAACCAUAAAAAAUAAAAUAAAGUCAAAUAAUAAAUUUUAUAAAAGAUCCAAAAAAAUAUAUAACACCCAAAAUAAGUUAAGUUAAAUCAUACAUAGAAAACAGUUUGAAUUACAUCAAUACCCGUCUUUGGGGCUUUAAAUAUUUAACUUAAUGAAGAGAUCAGGACAAAUUCCUCAUGCAGCAACCCAAUGGGUUAUGAGCCUGACCAUAGUGUUUGACCACUACACUAAUAAAUAAAUAAUAAAUACACUAAAUAAAUAAAUAAUGAGAUAAAAUUAAAUUAUGAAUAAAAGAUGGUAAAAUAAAAGCAGUUGUAAUUAAAAUAAAGCAUCAAACAACUAAGCAAAUAUAGUUGAAAAUGACUUAAAAUCACCUAUUUCAAUAAUUUAAUUUCAGCCAUUCUAGCUUAAAGUUACGUGCAUACAUAUAUAUACACAUACAUAGGUACAUGCACAUAUUACAGAUAUGUGAAAUCUAUAACCUAACUUCUUACCAAUUAUUCAUUUCUCGCUGUAAAUGCAGUCGUGCAAAAAAUAGCAAAAUUCUCAUUGGGAAUGGGCGACGAAAUGUAAAAUGUUAAUUUAAGGUUAAAAAAAGCCAACAAAUGUUACAACAAAAAUCAAAACAAUAAUAACAAAGCAAACACAACAACCAACAUACCGACAGCUGCUGUGAAAACCCAAGUAGAUUUAGCCUCAGCAAAAAUAACAACAACAACAACACUCAUUCCAACAGCUACAACACUCAGCAACAACAAACUCAUCGACGUUGUCAUUGUCUCUGUCGCUGUCAUCGUCACUGCCGUCGUAGUUACAGCUAUAGUUGUGGUGGCCCAAGUGCUGAAGGUGGCGCUGGAGCUACUGGUGAACUGUUGAAUACGGCCAAUGACGUCGCCAGCUGCACAUAAAAUCAAUUGAAAGUGCGCACUCUCAUACAUACAAAUACAGCCACUGACAGCUGAAGCGCCAGCAAGUGAGUUGGCAGCGUCUGAAGCUGAAGGAAAAACGCUCACCACAGCAAGCAGGAUAUUGAAAAAUUCUACGUAUAAUAACAAAGGCCGGAUAGAAGCAACUGAAGAGGAGGCGUUAUACAAAAGCACGACACACAUGGGAAAAGAGGAAGCGGGGGGGAUAAUCAUAGAAGCAACAGCAGCAAAAUCAAUUCUAAAGUGAAGGAAAAUCAUAAAAAUAACAACGCGAAAAUAGCUAAAAGAAGUUAACUGCUGUUAGCCCCCAUCACCUCCGGCAUUUUGUGCUGGAAACUCACGAGUCAAACGAGAAAAUAAUUCUACAAAGCAAUUAAAAAAACAGCAGAGGCGUAGAAGCAAUAGCGACUGCAGCAGCCGCAGUGGUAAAGCAAUAAAAGCACAUUCCGAAACACCACUCACGCCACAAUGAAGCCAUCGGAUUUACUGCAAUUAACGGAAAGGAUAAAAAUUAAAAUUCCUCUGCCGCCAGGCGUAAGCACAACAACACUAAUACCAAAGUUAAUACGCACCAAGGAUGUGAAACAGCUGCAGGACGGCAGCGCGCAGCCGACAAAGCCGAAAUUAACGAAAUGCCUAAAUACACUGGACCUGACGUCACUUGGUGUAGGCUCGUGUUGUGGCACUGGUAUGUACCUGGUUGCGGGUAUGGUGGCGAAAAAUCUCGCUGGCCCCGGUGUGAUAAUUAGUUUUAUCAUUGCUGCGAUAGCAAGCAUUUUCUCAGGUGCCUGCUAUGCAGAAUUCGGCGUGCGCGUGCCACAUACUUCCGGCUCAGCUUAUAUGUACUCCUACGUAGCGGUGGGGGAGUUUGUAGCGUUUAUUAUUGGCUGGAAUAUGAUAUUGGAAUAUUUAAUAGGAACAAGUGCCUGCGCGUGUGCUUUAAGUUCUAGUUUCGAUUCACUGACCGGUGGUGCAAUAGCGAAUGCAAUUGGCGAUACAAUCGGCACCAUAUUUGGUAAGCCACCCGAUUUUGUAGCAUUUGGCAUAGCACUGAUUAUGACCUGCAUACUGGCGAUGGGUGCAAGUAAAUCGGUAAUAUUUAAUCAUACGUUGAAUGCCAUAAAUCUGGCGACAUGGGUAUUUGUGAUGGCCGCAGGUUUAUUUUAUGUUGACUCCAGCACUUGGACAGAGCAUCAAGGUUUUCUGCCAUACGGUUGGAGUGGUGUAUUUUCAGGCGCAGCGACUUGCUUUUAUGCGUUUAUUGGCUUCGAUAUAAUUGCCACCACCGGUGAGGAGGCACACAAUCCUCAGAAGAGUAUACCGAAAGCCAUUGUUGGUUCAUUAGUUAUUGUUUUGAUGGCGUAUGUGAGCGUUAGUUUAGUGUUAACACUAGUCGUACCUUUUGACCACAUCAGUUCUGGCGCGGCGUUGGUGCAAAUGUGGUCUUAUGUGGGAGCACCCAAGUGUCGUGCCUUUGUCGCCGUGGGCGCUACCGCUGGCCUAUCUGUAGCAAUGUUCGGCUCUAUGUUCCCCAUGCCGCGUGUGAUUUAUGCCAUGGCGCAAGAUGGCCUAAUAUUCAGGCAACUCUCGCAACUGUGGCAACGCACUAAUGUACCCGGUCUAGCGACCAUUGGUAGCGGUAUUGCAGCCGCUUUAGUUGCGCUUACGGUACGUCUCGAAAUUCUCGUGGAAAUGAUGUCCAUUGGCACACUGCUCGCAUACACGCUGGUCUCCACUUGUGUGAUGAUAUUGCGCUAUCAGCCACAUAGCACAUCACUGGUGGAGUUGCUGCCAUCGCAGCUGCGCACACCGCUCGCGCCGGGCGCAGCAACAGAUCCGAGUGCCACUACUGCUGAGGUACUGCCGUCGAAUAAAUUAACAAUAAAGCGUGUAACACGUGGCAUGUCCGAUUCCGAUGAUUCAUUUAUCGACGAGAGUCCGGAAGGUUACUUGGGACGUGACGAUCAAUUUCUUGUUUCCGAUCGCUCAGAAAAUAAGUUUUAUGGCAGCGUGCAUGGCGCACCAACUGGACCGACCGGCCAAGCGACCGCCUUUGACACUAUGGGCCUGAAUUUCGUGUCACGUAAAAUACAUGAUUAUGCGUACCUGUGUCCCGGCUUCUUUCCAUGGAUCAACCCGGGUCAAGCCACUACGGAAAGUGGCAUGUAUGUCACGAAACUUGUUGGAAUCAUGUUCGGUCUCAUAUUCUUCUUGGAUCUGUUUGCGGCCAUUGGCUGGUCCGGUGGCUUAGCCGCAUUCAUUUAUUUCAUUUUGUUCAUUGGCAUAUUUGUGAUACUAUUAAUCAUUUCAAGACAACCACAAAAUAGAUAUGCGCUCGCAUUCCUAACGCCGGGACUUCCAUUUAUUCCAGCAAUUGCCAUAACAGUUAAUAUUUAUUUAAUAUUUAAGUUAAGCAUACUCACAUUAGUUAGGUUCACUAUCUGGAUGACACUGGGCUUCAUCAUGUACUUCUACUAUGGCAUCACGCACAGUACACUUGAGCAGACGACUGAUGAGAUGGAACUGCAUGUCGAUAAAGAUUAUAGUAAAAAUGUCGAGGAGAAAGCGGUAUGGGAUCAGCCAACCUAUAUGAAUCAAAGCAAUGAGCCAGUGUGGGCUACAAAGGACACACGCGCAAAGCCUACAGCAACAGCAAAGCGUUCCAACACAAAUUAUUCCAAAGCAACUGAAAGCAAUCCCACAAGUCAGCAACAGACAAAAAAUCCCACUAGUACAAGAAACCCAGCAGUGAAUUCCUCAACAACCAAUGAUGGUAAAUUUACCAUGUUCAUCGAUGAGACGCAGUUCCCAAAAUGGGAUGAUUAAAAGUGGCAGACAAAAGUGAAAACAAAACGUAUUUAAUUAGAGCUACUUCAACAAAACGAAAAGUAAAAAUAAUGAAUUGAUUAUUUAACAAGGAAAAAUGCACUUAAACAUGUACCAUACACUAGUGAACAGAAAAGAUAAGAGUUAUACAUAAAAUAGUUUAAAUCAAACACGCAAAAAGAGUAAAUACUAACUGUGGAACAUUGUUAUGAUAUUAAAAUUUAAGUGUAGCAAAAAAUUUAAUGAAUAUUAGCAAUGAACGCGUGUUUUUGAUUUUAGACGAUAAAUAGAUUUUUGUGAUUCCUUAUUUAAGUUCUCCACGAAGGAACUUUAAGAACAUGUAAAUAGCGUGCAAGUUAUUUGCAAAACUUAAAAGAAAAUAUUUUAAAGUAUGGAUUUAUGUACAUAUGUAUAUAUGGUGCAUAUGUACAAUACAUAUAUACAUACAAACACGUUUAGUGUAUGCAUGAAACAUACAAAUAUUUACA